GGGGCCGGUGCCGGUGCCGGUCUCACCGGGAGCGCUGCCGGAGCCGCAGGUGCAGCCCUGAUGGGGCAGAGCAGGACCCACUCCAGGCUGGCACCAACCCUGCCCUGAGCAGCUCCAGCCCGAGCUCUGAGCACUGUGCCAAGUCCCUGUAACAGGGCUUGGGCAAGAAACCUCUUCAGAAACACUCUGGAAAUACAGGCAGCAGCAUGAACCUGAAGAAGUACCUGGUGCGGGCGCUGCACCGCCUGCAGAAGGGCCCUGGCUACACCUACAAGGAGCUGCUGGUCUGGUACUGCGACAACACCAACACCCACGGCCCCAAGCGCAUCAUCAAGGAGGGGCCAAAGAAGAAAUUAAUCUGGUUCUUCCUAACGCUGCUCUUCGCAUCCCUGGUGUUCUGGCAGUGGGGGAUCCUCAUCAACACCUACCUCUCCUACAACGUCACCUCGUCCCUCUCCAUUGGCUUUAAGACCAUGAAGUUCCCCGCAGUCACUGUCUGCAAUGCCAACCCUUUCAAGUACUCGGAGGUGAAGCCCCUGCUGAAGGAGCUGGACAGGCUCAUUGAGGCAGCACUGGAGAGGAUCCUGCAGCCAGGGAACAGCAGUGACAGCGUGUACCCACCACUGGACCUGGAGCUCUGGAACCAGAUGCCCCUGGUCCUCAUCGACGAGCACGACAAAGACAAUCCCAUCAUCCUGGACAUCUUUGAGACCAACCAGACUGCCAUGGGCAACGAAACCAUGGGGAACCUCACCACUGCUUCACCUACCCCUGAUGCAGAGAGCCUCACCACUGCUCCACCUGGCCCUGAUGCAGAGAGCCUCACCACUGCUCCAUCUGGCCCUGAUGCAGGGAACCUCACCACUGCUCCACCUGGCCCUGAUGCAGGGAACCUCACCACUGCUCCACCUGGCCCUGAUGCAGGGAACCUCACCACUGCUCCACCUGCCCCUGAUGCAGGGAACCUCACCACUGCUCCACCUGGCCCAGCCAACAGCACAACAGAAGAGAAGAAGUACAAGCUGGCAGUGAAGCUGUGCAGCAGCCAGGGCUCUGACAACUGCACGUACAGGAACUUCAGCAGCGCGGCGCAGGCGGUGACCGAGUGGUACAUCCUGCAGGCCACCUCCAUCCUCUCCAAGGUGCCUCUGCACGACAGGAUCAGGAUGGGCUACCAGGCAGAGGACAUGAUCCUGGCCUGUCUCUACGGGGCUGAGCCCUGCAACUACAAGAAUUUCACCCAAAUCUACCACCCAGACCAUGGGAACUGCUACAUCUUUAACUGGGGCAUGGAUGAAGAGGCUCUGAAUUCUUCCAACCCCGGGGCUGAGUUUGGGCUGAAGCUGAUUCUGGACAUCAGCCAGCAGGACUACAUUCCCUACCUGUCCUCUGCUGCUGGGGCCAGGCUCAUGCUGCAUCAGCAGAAGAGCUUCCCCUUCCUCAAGGACCAGGGCAUCUACGCCAUGGCUGGGACAGAAACCUCCAUCGGAGUGCUGGUGGACGAGCUGGAGAGGAUGGGUUAUCCCUACAGCGACUGCACCGUCAACGGCUCCGACGUCCCCGUCAGAAACCUCUACAGCCAGUACAACACCUCCUACUCCAUCCAGGCUUGCCUGCGCUCCUGUUUCCAGAACCACAUGGUGGAGAGCUGUGGCUGUGGGCACUACAUGUUCCCUCUGCCCGAAGGGGUGAAUUACUGCAAUAAUGAGGAUUACCCAGGCUGGGCAUAUUGCUAUUCCUCACUGAGAUCCAGCAUAAAACAGCGUCAGAUCUGCAUUGACUCCUGUAAAGAAACCUGCAAUGACACACAGUACAAAAUGACCAUCUCCAUGGCAGACUGGCCGUCAGAAGCCUCUGAGGACUGGAUUUUCCAUAUUCUGUCUUACGAAAGGGAUAUGUCAACAAAUGUGACUCUGGACAGGACUGGCAUCAUCAAGCUGAACAUUUACUUCCAGGAGUACAACUACCGCACCAUCUCGGAGUCAGCUGCCACCACGAUCGUGUGGCUGCUGUCCAGCCUGGGAGGCCAGUUUGGCUUCUGGAUGGGGGGCUCGGUGCUGUGCCUCAUUGAGUUUGGGGAGAUCAUCAUCGACUCGCUCUGGAUCACCAUCAUCAACCUCAUCAGCUGGUGCAAAGGGCUGAAGCAGCGGCGGGCGCGGGCGCGGUACCCGGACGCGCCCCCGACGGUGUCGGAGCUGGUGGAGGCUCACACCAACCUGGGCUUCCAGCACGAGGCCGGGGCAGCCGGGGCCCAGGCGCUGCCCCCCGAGCCCGGCACGCCCCCCCCCAACUACGACUCCCUGCGUGUGCAGCCCCUGGACACCCCCGGCCCCGACAGCGACACGGACACCGAGUGACCGCAGCGUCCUGUCCACUCUGCUGGGCUGUGCCGAGUGACCGCAGCGUCCUGUCCACUCUGCUGGGCUGUGCCGAGUGACUACAGUGUCCUGUCCACUCUGCCAGCUGUGCCGAGUGACCACAGCAUCCUGUCCACUCCUGCCAGCUGUGCCGAGUGACCACAGCGUCCUGUCCACUCUGCUGGGCUGUGCCGAGUGACCGCAGCGUCCUGUCCGCUCUGCUGGGCUGUGCUGAGUGACCACAGUGUCCUGUCCACUCUGCCGGGCUGUGCUGAGUGACCACAGCGUCCUGUCCACUCCUGCCAGCUGUGCUGAGUGACCACAGCAUCCUGUCCACUCCUGCCAGCUGUGCUGAGUGACCACAGCAUCCUGUCCACUCUGCCAGGCUGUGCUGAGUGACCACAGCAUCCUGUCCACUCUGCCGGGCUGUGCUGAGUGACCACAGUGUCCUGUCCACUCUGCCAGCUGUGCUGACUGACCACAGCGUCCUGUGCACUCCUGCCAGCUGUGCUGAGU